UAGUUAGCUGAAGAGUGUGAAACUUUGUCUGGCCAACAUGAGUGGGAGAAGGGCCAGCAUUCAGCCUCCAGACCUCAAGUCUUUGGGUCAGGUAGCUCAUGGAGGCAGGUUACUACUGUUCAUCAGCAAGAAGAGUGCCACUUCAAGGCUAGCAUGGUUAUACCUGCUACAGAACAAAUUGAAUUUUGAUCUGAUCAAUGUGGAUGAGUCAGGUGAGCAUCUGCGUCAGCUGCAGUUGGCCAACCCUCAUGAGACAGUGCCAUGUUUGGUGGAUGGUGACACAGUGGUCUAUGAAUG